AUGGAGCUGUUGCGAGAGCAAUGCGGCGCUCAUCAACACUAUCCCAAACAGCUAGAUCUUGAUUCCAAGAACCUGAAUGACUACUUUGCACGGUUGCAAGCUCGCGUGAGCAGUCUAUUCUGUGAACCUGAAGAUGCCUUACUGGAGGUCUUAGAUCUGGAAGGGGGAGAGCGAGAAUUCAUACUCCGAGAUGCGGAGACAUUCUCAGAGAUUCAGCGGCUGUGCCCACUACCAUCCAAUGGAGCCACUGCUGAAUCUGAAGCUUCCUUAAGAUGUCGAUUUAUCUUCUUAUAUGGCGAGAAUUCACGGUCAAAGCUCUACGUCACCCAUGACCUGGUGUCAUAUAUCUUGACGUACCACCAAGUCCAGCCAUGGUUCCUUGAUUUUCUGUUCGCCUUUGGAAAACAAGAAGUGCCCCAGGAUUUCCGAUUUAGCUCUUUCCGACGCAUACAUCACAAUUCCAGCAAGUUGGCUAUACCAAAACUCGGCCGUUCAGGCCAAGACUACCAUAUGUGCUACAAUCUGAAAUCUGUCGAGCGGACAUCCACAAAUCCGCAUAUGCCAUGGUCACUUAGACAGACGGUGGUGUACCAUUCCUACGACACACUCAAGGGCCAAGCAUUUUGGAUUAUUCUCAAGGGCAACGACUCUCUGCGGGGCGAUCUGGAGCAAUCUGUGCAGAAAAGGCAAUCUCAAGGGCAGGACAGCUAUUCAACUAUGGGUCAGUCAUUUGCCGCAACCAUUCAAAUCCACCUCGAGAUCUGCGAUUGGUCAAUGCAAGGCUGGAGAUGGUAUAUCAACGAUCUCGAGUCCAAAUUGGAUCAACUCACGGAACACGGCGUCACUUUUGAUAUCUUUGGUGCUAAAGAUCCCCUACGUUCACUGGUACCUGGCUCUGGCGCUUGCCAGAAAUUGAACUACGACAAGUUCUUCCAAUUCAGUAACCUGCAAGAGGCUCAACAUGUGGAGGAGAAGGCAAGUAAAGCACUGUUGGCUCUCAAGAGCAAUGCUAGCAAUAUCGAUGCUUUGAAAUCGCACUAUACCUCCGCUAGUAGUGUCCAAGGAAACGGAUAUAUGGUAAACCCCUGUCUCGCGGACUUUUAUGCAAAACUUGAUGAGAUGUCGAGCGAGCUGGAUAUGCAUCAGUCUGCUCUGCAAGCCUUAGUUCGCCUGGUCACGGAUCGGAAACAGUUGCUCUUUGGCAUUCUGGAGUACGAGAACAUGGUGGCGACCCGUACAUUCGCAACAAAAGCGCAAACUUCGGCGGAGAACAUGGAGAAGCUCACAAAACAGACAAAGCGUGAAACAGUGUCUAUGAAGGUCAUUACGCUCGUUACAAUGUUUUUCCUUCCCGCUACAUUCAUAUCGACUCUCAUGAGCACAGAUAUUAUCCGAUGGCAACUGGACAAUGAUGGGACAUUUCAGAAAUCGGUUUCGUGGGGAGCAGUCAGAUUCUUCCUCGCUCUGAGUUUGCCUCUUACAUUCACAACUUUCAUUACAUGGGCAAUUGUUUACGCAGUGAUUCUUUACCAAGAGCGCAGGCAAGAGAAGCGGCUACAAGGCUACGGAAAGGCUGAUGUCUGGUAUCAUCCUCUACCACGAAUGAGUUGGCCCAUUGAUGUCAGUUGA